GGAGUUGCUGGUAUCGCAUUCUGAGCCCAGGCUCAGGACCAGUUGUGCAGUACGCACUGUGGUUUAGGGGUAUAUUCCCUAUUUUGAAUGCCAUUCGCUCGUGUCGACUCCUCACCUGACAUCUGCGGUGGGGCUCAAAGAUAAAAACACCCUCCGAGAAACACAAAGCUACCAGCCACCUACGGAGAUAGACCUCACGUUUUCCGAAGGACAACUGAUGAACGACUUCAACAAUAAUUUACAGAGGAUGUGAAUGCUUGGACAAUCGCCUAACCUGUCACCAUCUUUCAACUAACUCCUGGAAGAGCAAGCUGCAAGUAGCGGGAAGCGACCAUACGCUACGCCUUUCAAUGAGAGGCAUUACAAUUUGACGCCGAUUUUGGCAAAAUAGCCUCUAGAGCAAACACUCGAAAAGAUGUCUCAAGAAUCACCGCCCACCUACGCAUGUGCUGUCGCUUCUUCGCUGGCAGACAGGGGCCCAGAGCCUUCUCGUCCACCAUACCAUUCCUGGCAAGAGUUUUUUGUCGAGGCAGAUGGCUUACCUCCUCCGCCAGCAGCAGGCUUUCUCAACUCGUCUACAGGCAAUGCCUCCUCUCAUGAUGCGUUGCGUGCGCACGAGUUCUGUAAUGCAUAUCCAUUGCAGCCCCCUGUGGAGCCCUCUCCUGCUACUUACGAAGCUGUGGAGCAGUUCGAUUUGAUUCCAGUUCAACCCUCAAAAUUUCAUGGCAUUGUGCGUGUUGCUCCGCGAGGCCAUUGGGCUGGCUCCACGGAUCCAAGGAAUCGUGACUCGAUAUUAACAACCAAUCUACCUCUUUACUUCGCCUUGGUCGAUUCUCCUCUGCGGACAAACAAGACCAAGCUGAUAUACUUCGAAGUCAAAUUCUUAGGCCAUGGCGGUAGGUCCAAUAGUAGGUUUGUCGAAUCCAGCGGUUUCUCUAUAGGAUAUGUGGCUAAGCCAUAUCCCUCCUGGAGGUCUCCCGGAUGGGAGCGAGGGAGUCUCGGCAUUUUUUCCGAUGACGGAUGUCGCUUUGUGAAUGAUUCCUGGGGUGGCAAAACUUUCACAAGCGAGUUUCGUCAAGGACAAACCGUCGGCCUAGGAAUGGUGUUUCCUCGAUCAUGUGAGAGAAACAGUCUCGACGUUUCUGUCUUCUUUACUCGUGAUGGAGAUGAGGUCGGGGCUUGGGAUCUCGCGGAGGAAAGAGAUGAGGACUCUGGAGGUGUUCAAAAGCUAGAAGGAAACUUCGACCUGUACGGGGCUGUAGGGCUCUUUGGGGUGGUAGAUAUCGCUGUGGAAUUCAAUCCCACAGCUUGGUUAUGGACUCCACAGCAUACUUGACGAAACCGCAUUGUCCUCGCAUAUUGCAGCUUGUCUCCAUGUCCUGUUGCAAUCGAUCCAAGUCCAGGCAAAGCAUUGAGAUGCACUUCAAUCAUGAAGCCUUAUGCUCGCAUGAAGGGAAGCACAUAACUCUAGCUUUGGCCAUGAAGAAACUCGUUCUUCUGCAACACUGCGUGUUUUGGACAUUUGAACAAGUAGCUUAACAGGCAAAAUAUGUAAGGUACCU